AUGAAGUUUUUAGUGGCACUGGCUGUUUAUUGCGUCUUAUCGGCGGCAGCGGUGCACUCCGCACCAUCGCACGGAUUCAUAUCGCCGGUGAUCCUGCCCAAAGUGCAUUUGGCGUCACCAGACGUGACCGUCGUCAGACAACCGUACGUGGUGCAGCAAACCGAACCAGUGUUUAGACACGUCUACUACGCCGGCGACUCGGUGCCGUACGUGUCGCAUCAUGUGCAGGCCUACCAUCAACACCCAGCGGUCGUCGCCGCCUACCAGACGGCACCCGCGUACGCACCAGCCGUCGGUUACGUCGUUUGA